AUGACAGCCUCAGUGUUGGACACAGUGGUGCACUUUCAAUCACAAGAAGAUCGUUUGAUUCCCGAUGAGCGCCCUGGGAUCGAUCUGAAGCCCGUCAUCAUCUCAUCGACUGUAACGCUUCUUUUCUGUUUGGCCACCGCUUAUUGGUUGUAUGUUUACGGGUUUUCAAUCGAUAUUUACACUCUUUUAAUGCUAUUCGCCUCAUUUUGUCUCCUAUCGACAAACGCUUUUAUUGCAAUUAAAGCGUAUGGACGAUUGAGGACACUCAAUGAAGCACAAUAUUCUGAGUUUUUGCAUAAAGCUUCAAUGAUCGCCACUCACGAGAAGAUUCCAGCGAAAUGGGCGGCGAGUCCGAUUUGGACUCGACCAAUUCAUCGAUUAUCAACGAUUGAAUCCGAUGAAACUGUU